CAAAUUGUCGGUUAAAGACAGAAAGAAAGAAGUUUGUCAGAAUUUUGACAGGAGAUGAAUAAAUUAACAAGUAAUACCCAGUCAGAUUGAAUGUUGGUAAGGCCCAUCAAAGAAGACCAGAAACAUGAACCCAAGUCACUGAUCUUUAGAAAACAAAUGACCUUUUGUGGCCAUGGCAACUGAGAUACCCCCUGACCUCUCAGAGGUGGUGACCUCUGGGACAAUAGGUCAAAUUUCCAGCUUCUGUCCGCAGUCAUGGCGAUCUCUGCACCAAAAUGUGAUCGAGCGUCGUAAACUCAUAACCAUGCUCGCGAGUCGAGUUCCUGGCUCGUUUCAUUUCCGCACACAAACCACCCCCAGUGACACCAAGACAAGACUGUACUUUUUAGGUAUGACCACUAAGGGACGGGAGAAUACCUUACUGUACGUGGACCUUCCAUCGGCUGUUCCUGACGUGCCCAGUGUCCUACCACAGUGGUCUCUGUUGGAAUCGUUCUCGGCCAGCCUUCCCACAUCGCAGCUGUCUCGGGAGGAACAGCUGAUGAGAGAGAGGAAGCGGAUGGGAACAUACGGAAUCACUUCGUAUGAACUGAUAGAGCGGCAGGGCAAGUUUGUGUUCCCAGCCUCCAACUCCCUGUACACCUGUGUGGAUACAGACGUCACGACCACAGAGCCAGUUUACCCUGUCAACAUAGGGACCCGGGUGGAGGGAGCCAGACUUGACCCAAAGAUCUGCCCUACCAAUACCCAGAUCCUGGCGUUCAUUAACCAGAAUGACCUGUGGGUCACCAAUCUAGAAAACGGGGAGGAGUGUCGUCUGACCUUCACCAAGAAAGGUAUUGUUAUCGGGAGAGUGUUGACUGAUGUUCACCAA